AAAAACACCAAACGAUGCCAAUGGAAACGGGUUGAGUAAGAAUUGAGCAGCUGUCAGAAAGACGCUUCAACAAUCUUCAGUCGUCAUCGUCACUCUCCCGAGGAAAGAUGAGCGUCACUCUUAUGGUUGCAGACACCGUCUGGUCGAACAUCGAAUCUACUGGCUCAGUAACUGAAGAACAGCUCUCAAUCUUGCAUAUGUUGUUUGGUAAGAAUCUUGAGAAAGCAACCAGAAUAGUCGACAAGAGAGGCGUCAAGAAAAUCUCUGGCUUACCAAGUGGAAGAUCCAUCUUUCAGGUUGUUGGAGAAUCUCAAAAGAGGGAAGAGUAUCUGUGCUUCCCAGGAGAUUACUGUGGAUGUUAUUCUUUCUUCUAUGAUGUUGUUAGCAGAGGAGAGCAACAAUGUUGUAAGCAUCAAUUGGCUGCGAGGCUGGCUUCUUCAUUGGGUACAUACAGCGAAAUUGAGGUCUCAGAUGAGCAUCUUGCCAUGAUUCUUUCAAAGAUCUGAUUCUUUCAUUUCAAUGUACUUGUGCAAUUGUGCUGCAAAGUUAUGUUGUCUGAAAGAAGAAAUAAGUAUUUUCCUGCUAGCAACAGUCCCCUGUGAGAAAAAAAAAAUCAAUAUCACAAUAAAAUUAAGAGCUUA